CAUAGAUUUUUGGCAGAAGUUCUCACAGAAAACGUUGCACGCGAUUGAAUAAAUACAAUUCACUUAAAUUGAAACUAAACUGUAUUUCCACUAAAUUUCUCCAAAUCAGUUUUCAGCUUACAUAUCUAAUUUUCAUUAUUUUGCGCACCGAGAUCAAUCGAUAAUUUUAGGACUCAACGAAACAUUAUUAGACAUUCCAAGAAGCUAGAAUUUUAGAAAAUUGAUUGCUUACACAAUUGCUAGAGCCAAAUCAGUGUAUGCGUAAAUUGAGUACACAUUUUGAGUAUAUCUUCUCGUGAGUGUAUUUUACUCAUUCGCUUGUAUAUUUUCUGAACGAGAAUAAAGAAAUGCUUUCUCUCGUGAACCUUCAAUACAUGAUUCGGGAUUUGAUGGGUAGCCAAUAAACGCGUCGGUAUAGGGAGUUUGCGUUUUUGAAUUUCUGAUAUACAUAUCUGGUUUAUGACAUUACAAAAGAGAAGGUAUAAAUGCUGGUGCCAUGGCACUGUAUUGCUGCAGUUGGAUGAUGCGAUUCGGUUUAACCAGAAAAUUGGAAGAAAGUGGAAAUGGUUCGACCGGUGUUGAUAGGGACUCUUGUAGUGUUAUUUUGCUCCGUAAGUGGGGUUUGGUGCUUAUUUGGUUCCAGAAUAGUUGCACCAAACAUAACGGAUGCAAUUAUUGCAUCAGCGAAAUAUUCAUCAGGAUGGACCUAUGAUCCGCAUAAUUCGAUAACGAAACGUGAAACUGCAGUGGACAGUAGUGGAACUCUCGGAACACUUUUUGCAAUGACGAAAAGUAUAAGUGAUCCUAUGAUGCUUAUGAUAGAUACAAUUUAUAGAGGUGCAAGUGAUAAACGAAUGAAGAUGGACAGGUGGUUCGGUUUUAUUUAUAAUUUCAUAAAACAAUCGAUAGAUGGUGUCGAAGAAGCAAAUUCAACGAUGGAAAAUUUAAAAAAUAACACGAAGCCGUAUUUGUAUAACAAUCUCAAAAGAGAUUUAACAUCAUUGAAUAAAAUCGCUAUGAUAGAUCUCAUCAAAGGCUUGAGGAUGUUCUAUAUUGAAAUAAAAGAGAUGAAUAGUACGGAAUAUCAUCCUCACAGUAAUAAUAUUACCAUAAAUAUUACUGAAAGAGUUGUGUGUGGCGUUACAUCUCCGUUGAAAAGUGCAAACACCUACAUGAGCUCUAUUACAUCCACUAUCAGCGCAAUUGCUUCGGAUCGAAGACAGAUCAUCAGCUACCACGCAAAACUGAAUGAAACAAUGAACGUGGCCAUUAGACAGAUAGCAAAAGCCUUCAUCAGCUUGAACCGAACGGUCGUUCAAGCUCAACAUGAAGUCCAGGAAAACAUAACUCUAACCUUCGAUGUCUUCAAUCAAUCUCAUGGAUUCAUUUUGGAGCAAGCCAACUACUUCGGAAAUGAUAACAGUAGCUUACUCUCGGUACCUUCGACAAUGGCAAUCGAAAGGGAAAACUUAUCAAAAUUUAUCGACAACAGUACUAAAUUCUGCAUGGACCAAGUUACAAAAAGCCUUCAUGGGCAAACCCUUUUAGUCACGAAUCAACUGAUUAGUGCUAUGAACAAUGUUACGAACCAGUUUGCAGUAAGUUCACAUUUCGAUAUCGGAUCAUGUACCCAAGAUGCUGUGCAGCAAUUGAUUGAUAGUGCGAAACACGUGAAUCGAAUGGGUAGCUGUGUAGAUUCGGAAUUGGAAAGCUUCCGCAAGACGAGCACGGUGGUUCAUAAGCAACUGUGGAACACAAUUGGCAGUAUCGCUUUCGCUACGAUGGAUUUACUUCCUGUGUCCUGUGCAAAGAAAACCGGGCAGUGUAUCGAUAUAAAUUACUUCUCAAACAAUAUCACUCAUCAUGCGAGAAGUCGAAUGACGUCUGGAGUUGAACAGUUUAUUGACGAUGAACGAGCUAUAAGCGAUAGGAUCGUCGACUGUGUCAAACGAAUAGGAAGAACUACCGAACUGUAUGCUCGUGAAAUCAACAAUAAGUUUCAAGGCUGCUUGGGUGAACAAGUAAAAUAGUCACUUUCUCGAUUAUUUCAUAAAUGUGAGGAAUAAACCAGAUGUCGUAAAUUUCUAGUCGAGGGCAUCGACAGUAAUUUCACUAAAUAACAUGUUUAUAUAAUUAUUUUCCUUAUUAUUAUUUCUAAGAGUGGUUCCAUCUACAAAGUCAUUCGUCUCAAGGGAAAAAUGUUCAUAGAAUAUUUAUCAUAAAGUUUGAACGAACUAAUUUAGUAGGACAUCAGCAUUACAUCUUAUCCAUUUUUUAAUGUUACA